GGCGAGUUGGUCGUCAUGGGAAUGACGGCGGUUGUGCUGCCUCCGCUGGCCCCCGCGCUGCCGCCCUCCCGCGGUAAGGACAGGGCGGCUGCCGGGCGGGGGGGGCUCAUCCCGCGCCCUCAGUCGGGGCUGCCGGAGCUGCAGCUCUGGCGGGCAGCUGUCCCGUCAGGGCAGCGCCUCGGGGCUCCUCUUGCGAGCGCGGGAAAGGGCUUCCUGCCUUCUGUUUGUGUGUUGAAACUUCUUGUGAGGUUGUUUUUGUUUGUUUGUAUGUUUGGGGUUUUUUGUUCCGGAAUCCUUUGGGUCUCGGCUGUUGCUUAUCUUUGUCUUCCUCGUUUAUGGGGUUUGGGGUCUUUUGCGCUUGCUUUUCCACCCGCCCCGGGAAGGCGCAGGAAGCUCUUAAAAAAUGUCCCCGAGGCUGUGGAACAGCCGCCGUCGGUAGAGGCCCGGAGGUGGCCAGAACUCGCGGAACGCCCGGUGGGUUUGCGGGCCGGCCGCUGCGGGCGGUUCCGUCAGCGGGCGCGGGGCGGCGGCGGUCCCGAGCCCGUGUGGGAGCGUCCUCCGCGGGCGUCCCGAGCAGCUCCCGCAGCGGUGACUCCCUCGGCCCGGGCGGCAAGGGGCGAGGGGGCCUCCUCCGUGAAUGAGCCCGAGGUUCGGAGGUGGACUGAAGGAACGGAUGUAAACUGCUGGUCUUCGUCUCUGCCCGCUUCUUUAUGCUGCGUCGUGUUACGGACCUGUGUUAGAAUGGAUAUUACAAGGGGGAGCUUGGAUAAAAUUUCAAGGCCUGCAUCUAGCUCAAGACCUUAUCCUAAUUGUAGAUCUUUAAAUACAUCUAUGGAGUUAUUAACACCAGAGCCACGUUUGCCAAAGGUUGAUUCACCUGUCAGUUUGGCUGGUAGUCAUCAAAGAGGCAGUCUAGAAGACUGCUGUCUGGAAGAAAACAAAGGUGAUGACAGAGAGAAAUCUGAUGUCAAGGAAGUAAGAACAGAUCAGCAAACCACAGUGGCGAGUACGACUUUCUUUCUUCAGGAGGAGCGUGUGCUGAAUCCCAAUGAGUUGUCAGGAUGUAUCUCUAAUUCAGAUUCUGGAGAUGAUAGCACUGAAACAGAGACGUUGAAAUUCUGUGAACCUUCACAAGGAAAACCAAGUAAUGCAAAAGCAGCAAACUCUACCAACUUGGAAUAUUCUGAAGAAACAGGUGUAGAUCCUCAGAUUCAGGCAGCUAUAAAGAAAAUGAAUAAACUUGACACAAUACUGGCAAAAAAACAUCUUAAGGAGAGAGCAAUUAAAAAACAAGGCAAAGAAAUGAGGGCAAAGCUCUGGAAAGAACUUCAGUCUAUCAGAACCACGGGAAGCCACGAGGAGAUAGAAAACACAAAACUUUUUUUAGCUUUGAUCUCAUCAUGGCAGGAUAAAGCUGAUCCCUCCCAUGCUAAAGAAGAUGAAAUAUGUACUUCAGUAUUUCACACACAAAUUAAUCCAGAAGAUUAUGAUUGCCAUAAACCCCAACAUAAUCAGGAUUAUCCAAGUGAAUUAGAAACAAAUGAAUUUCUUAAUCAAGCAGAAAAAACACAUAGCAAAAGUAAAAACAAUCAGGAUUUCAUUAAAAAGAACAUUGAGCUAGCAAAGGAUUCAGGAAACCAGAUUGUUAUGCUUGAGGGAGAAAGGAAAAGGCUAAUUGAACUAUUGAAAGAUACAGAAGAUGGAAUUGAAUUACAAGGUCUUGAGGAGGAUGUAUCUGGCUGGCUGGCACCAGGAGAAGGGUACACACCUGAACUGAUGGAAUUUCAUCACCUAAAUGAGAUAGAUAUUAAGCUUCAAGUACUACUGUCUGAUGGGGAUUUUUCUGCGAUUUCUAGCUCUUGCUCAAAACUUCCAAGCCAGAUUUAUCAGGAGUCUCUGGUUUAUGCAAACAGAAGCCUAGAAGCAGUUCCGGGUGAAAAGGUUCUGCGAGACAACAAGGAACAACGUGAUCAACAAAGUCGUCUCAAACAAAUAGAUCAUCAGCUGAAAUCCCUUGAGAGAAACCUUACUGAAGAACAAACAGGCCUCUCUGAAGAGCAGCUUAAGACCCUUCUGGAAGAAUGUAUGCAGCCUCAGAGAACAAUAAGCAACGUUACCAUGCCAAAGUCUCAGGAAUCUCUUUCUUUUGGAUUAAGUCCCCCUUGUUACACAAGUCAAGACUCCACUCUUCACUCCACAUCUACUCUUUCCAAAAUGUUAUUUGAAGACCAUAUUGUAGGGAUGUUAAUGGCUCAGGAAAAGGCUGGACUUGAAGACAAAAGCUUAUGUGUUAAUGCAGAGAGUGAAAUCCCUGGCUACUAUGUCAGCAAAGCAUUGGCUGAUAGUCACUUAUCAAAGGAUUCACUGGCCCAAACAGAGGAAUCUGAUGACCUAGAAGGUUUACAGAAGAUGGCAGAUAAGAGUAUUACUGAAGGUUACUUUAUGUCAAGAGCACUCAACACAAAAAGGUUGAAGAAACCUUCUUUCUUGGGUGAACCAUUAUAUUGCAUCAGCAUGAACAAUGAGCCAUCCACAGAGGCUGACAUUCUCAGCAUACCACUGCAAACCAAAGGAGAUGAUAUGAAGAUUGAAAGUUGAGGGGAGAGUGAUUAUAUGCUUCUUUGCACAACUGUUUUUCUGAAAGUGUGGUUAAACCUCCAUCAGUGAUAUUAUACUGAUAGAGUAUCAUUUCAGACAACCUGAAAGGAAUGAGUUAUCUUCACUGAAAACUGUUCCGUGAGCUGAUUUAUUCUUAAGAGAUAAUUAUUAUUGUCGUUAUCAUACAUUGUUGCAGUUUGAUUUCAAAAUAAACUCUUGCAUUUCUAUUAAA